AUGGCGUUCGGUAAACGGCCAUCCAACGAUAGAGGAGAUUGUUCACCACCUAAAUCACUGAAAGACGGUAUAAAAAUGGUGUGUAGCAACACAAAAUGUCAAUUCAAGAAUACGUUAAUGCAUCGUGAAUGUUUCGAGCAUCUCGAGAAUUAUCUCGUCAAAAUUAUGAGCGCUAUGGGAUCGGCACGAGCCUGGACGGAUGCUCAGAGGCGAUCGAAUUUGUGGGAUAAGAAGGGACUAUCGUUGAUACAAAAGCUAUGUCGUUGUAAGUGUGGAAUGGCGGAUGAUAGAGAAGCAACACCAAAGACAAGGAAAUCGAAAACAAAGAAGCUACCAAAAUUGAAUUUCAAUGGUCCGUCUACUGCGGCGUUAACUGAUGAAAAAUCAAACAGCGAGAAUUUCAUCACCAAGAGGAAACAACACCUGCCAUACCCGUCAUCUACUUCCUCUUCAACAUCAUCGUCACAUUAUCGUUCCAAUUCACUCAAUUUGCAGUCAUCAACGAAGCUAACGUUUUCUCGAGCAUCUGAGCGGCUGUCCGGGCAAAAUUCGAAUACGUCCAACACACCUCACCAAUCAGGUUGGCAUUUUCGUCUGCUUUUUUCGUUCAACGAUUAA